UGCAUUGUGGGAGAGGAAGUGCUCCGUUCCCACGUUGUCGCAGCUGCGGAGGGGAAGCUCCGCUAGCAUGGCCGCUGCCGCGAAAAGAAGGAAAAACCUGGCCAACUUGAGCGUGGAUGAGUUUUUAACAUCCGGGUUUGAUUCUGAUUUGGAAGAUGAUUUGAUAGAAGAUACUCCAAAUUCUGGGGGAGAGGAGAAAAGAAAGUUGCCUUCAGAACUUGAUAGCAAAAGGAAACCAGGAUGUGAUUUGGUACCAGGGGAAAGGAAAAUAAAGAAAGGUAAUGCUUCAGUGCAUAAAGACCAGCUCUCUCGUCUAAAGGACCGAGAUCCAGAAUUUUACAAGUUCCUGGAAGAAAAUGACAAGAAACUGCUUAAUUUUGACGAAUCUGACAGUUCUGAUGAAGAGGACGAUCAUCACGUGUUGCCUGAAAAAUUGGAGGAAGCAACUGAUGAGGAAGAUGAGGAAGAAGAGGAGGAAGAAGGAAAAACAGCGAAACGGAAAAAAAUGGACUUCAUCACAGUGUCAUUGAAAAUGGUGGAACACUGGAAGGAAGCUGCAGAGAAGAAACUCACUCCUAGGAUCUUCCAUGAAAUCACCCAAGCCUUUAAAGCCUGCGUCGUCACUGCCAAAGGAGAAUCGGCAGGGCCGGAUUCUGGCAAGUUCAAAGUCACGGACAGCACAGUCUUCAACACUCUUGUCUCCUUCUGUGUCCGGGACCUUUUCGUUCUUGUGCAAAAAUUGCUCCAGGUGAAACCUGCAAAAAACAAAUCAAAGUUAGUCCUGCCUUCCUCCAGUCUCUUGUGGAGCAAGUUACGAUUGGACAUCAAAAUGCACCUUGGCUGCACCAUUCAGCUCCUGUCGUGUUUAACACGAACUUCAGUAACGAUCGCUGUUCUUCACCACAUCAGCGCCAUAGUUCCUUAUUAUUUAAGCUUCCCCAAACAGUCGCGCAUGCUCCUUAAGCAAAUUAUUCGGCUCUGGAGCACCGGCGAUGAGGUUGUGAGAGUUUUAGCUUUUUUGAUACUCAACAAAUUUUGCCGGUAUAAACAGGAAGCUUAUUUGCCCUCCGUUCUUAAGCAAAUGUACAUUUCCUACGUCAAGAAUUCAAGAUUCACCUCCCCUAACGCCCUCCCUCUCAUCAACUUCAUGCAACGGACUCUAGUCGAGAUGUAUGCCCUGGAUCCCUCUGUGUCCUACCAACAGGCCUUCAUAUACAUCCGUCAGCUGGCCAUCCACCUGCGUGGGGCUAUGACCAUCAAGAAGAAGGAAAACUAUCAGUCGGUUUACAACUGGCAAUAUGUCCACUGCUUAUAUUUGUGGUGCCGGGCUUUGAGUACGAUGCAUCCAAGUGACAUCAUGCAACCCCUGAUCUACCCUUUGACCCAAGUCAUCAUUGGCUGCAUUAAGCUGGUGCCCACGGCUCGUUUCUACCCUCUGCGAAUGCACUGUGUCCGGGCACUGACCCUGCUGUCGGAGAGCACGGAGACCUUCAUCCCUGUCCUGCCAUUCAUUCUGGAGAUUUUCCAACAGGUCGAUUUCAACAAGAAACCGGGGCGAAUGAGUGCCAAGCCUAUUAACUUUGCCGUCAUCUUGAAGCUCUCCAACGCCAACCUGCAGGAGAAGGCCUUCCGGGAUGGCCUCCUGGAACAGCUGUAUGACCUGACUUUAGAAUAUCUCCACAGCCAGUCUCACACCAUUGGAUUCCCAGAACUGGCUUUGCCGGCUGUCCUUCAGCUGAAAUCCUUUCUGAAGGAUUGCAAGAUUGCCAACUAUUGCAAAACCGUCCGCCAGCUCUUGGAAAAAGUGCAGGAGAACUCCGCGUUCAUCACGGCCAAGCGCCAGAAAGCCUCCUUCGGCGUCUCCGAUCGGGAGGCGGUGGAGCGAUGGGAAAAAAAUGUGAAAGCCGAAGGAACUCCGCUAAGGACGUACUACGUGACUUGGAAGAAGCUGAGGGAGAAGGAAAUCCAGCUUGAAAUUACUGGCAAAGAACGGAUGGAGGACAUGAAUUUCCCUGAAAUCAAACGCAAGAAGCCGAACGAAAAGAAAGAGGAGGAUAAGAGGGAAUUUAAGGACCUCUUUGAAAUGGACAGCAGUUCGGAAGACGAGACCUCGGAUGUCUUCUCACGUAAAGAGAAAGGCAAGAAGGCGACUGCAGACCGCGUGAGCAGCAGUGAGGAAGAGGAGGAGGAAGAAGGAGAAUAUGAAGUGGACGAUGAGGCAGAGGAAGACGACGAAGAGAACCUGAGUGACUCAGACGGAGGCGAGCGGGCCGUGCCCCAACAGAGGAGCUGUCGAAAACCGCUGUCUCGGGCGGAGUUGCAACAGCUGGCAAGAGGAGGCGAGGACGUGGUGGAAGACUUGGAUUUUUCCGAUGGAGACUGAUGGAUGGACAGAUUCUUUUUGGGUGUGUGUGUGUGUGUGUAUGUAAGUAACUGGACAGCUGUUGCCACUUGUGGAGAGCCGAGGAAGGAUCCCGCAUUGUUCCAGCUUCUGCACUGCCAGAAAAUCUUGUCAUCCGGCAGGGGAGCCUAAAAAAAAGACACAAGGCCUGCAGAAAAACCUGCCUCUUUGGUAUAAUGUGGGUUCUUAAAACCGUCUCAAAACGAAGCCUUCUAAAAGCCCAGCCGUCAAUGUUGCCCCUUCCUCUUCUGGAGGGAAAUCCCACCCAGCCAGUGCUGGAGAUGCAGAGAUGAAGGCUAACGUCCCACCCUGUUUUUUUUUUGGGGGGGGGGGCUUGGCUGUUUUCCUGCCAAGCGACAUUUAUUUCAAAUUUUUGGGGACCGAACACAGCAGGAAGAGUUGAACUGGGCAGCUCAACAACGUCUGUUUUUGAAUCCCCCGCCACUAGCCGCAAUCCCUCUAUUUUUAUUUCUGUAUGGGGAAGAGAACGUCUCUGUCGGUUCUCGGCUUGUAAAAACAGCCUCUGGUGGAUUUCUUCCUGGAUCGCCCUGCACCGAAAACGCAGCGGGCAAAAUGGCCGGAUCCCGAUGGCUUUCACUGCAUUGUGAUCUACCCACCCUGUUUUUUUCACCCACCCACCCCCUGUGCGCUGCCCACCAAGAACUGAGAACCCCCCCCCCCUCCGCCUUGUCCCUUGAGGUCACCUGGCAGAUCAGAUGUAGAAUAAGGAGUUAGCAAGUCCUUAUUGCUGGAGUGGAUCCCCAACGUAUAUUUCUAAUAUCUCUCUAAUUUGCAAGUUAGGUGAAGAGGAGUCUUAAGUCUUCAGCUUGGCUGAAGAACCAUGUUUUUGUGGUUUAUGGAGAUAACGCUUGAAGCCCAAGAUCUCUCAAGUGGUAAAUUUGGUGGCCAUAAAUUUGAAACGAUGGUGGUUCUAGCUUUUAAGCUGUGGUCAAGGAAUCAUGGCUGUUGUUAGCCUUUGCCUCGGGUGAAGACCACCAGCUGUUAUCUGGUAGGGCUGUGUAGACCAAGUUCAGGUGGAAGGAUAGAGUUGAAUUGUGUCAGAAGAACUUAAAAGAGUUUUUCUACCUUGACAACUUGAAGAUGUGUGUGGCUUCAAAUUCCAGAAUUCCUCAGCCAGUUGGGUUUGGGGAAUGCUGGGUGUUGAAAUCCAUACAACCUUGCUAAGGGCUGGAGAAACCUUGAUUGAGGAGAGUCAUGCAUAACCCAUCAGGUAUGUCUGGACUUGAACUCCGCUUUCAGAUAGCCAAUUUUAGAAGGGUGGAUUUCAAAUCUCAAAAUUAUGGGAAUUUUGAGGCCUACAGAGUGAAAGGUGCUAGAUUGCCGGCCAAUCAAUUCCAAAGAAUUCCGCAGGAGGAUUUUAAGGAUUUUGGGAGCUGCAGUCCGCCAAUUGAACGACUCCGUUUUCAAAGGGAGGGUUUUUAGCUCGGCAGAAUUCUUAGCAAUGGUGGCUAGAGAAGUUCCAGAUGUUCCUCAUUUCCCCCCAGGACACCAGAUGGCUGCCAUUCAAUUCCCAGCAUUGUCCAGCACGUGGACUGGAGAACUUUGGAAAUCUGAAAUUCAUCGUUCUUGGAGAUGCAGAAGCUCCGUGCCUUUUCUCUUGGGGGUGGGCCCCAAUUCUUCUGAAUUCUGGGACUUAAGACACGUCCCACGCCCGGCAGUUGGUGGGCCUCCAGCUCUUAAUUCUGUGAGGAAUUAUGAGGUUUGGGAGUCCAGUCCAGGAGGCCCCGUACAUGAUGGGACUCCAGUUCUUCUGAAUUACGCAUUGAGGACGUUCUUCACCACAGAGGCCGUAAUCCCAUCUCAAUAGGAUACCCUAUGAUGGCGGGUGCUGGAGAUGGCAUACAGGGCCCUCGCCAGCUGCUCUUCCACUUUCUGGUGCGUGCAGAUGCGCUGGCCAAGUCUUCGCACAACCCAGAAACCUGAAGACUGGCCCUGCGCAUGUCUUUUAAAUGCAGCUGGUUUUCCUUGGGCUCUGGCGCAUGCAUGCACACACACAUUUUGGUUUAAACCCUUAGUGCUGCAAAGGUUCCCCAUCACUGUCCCCAUAGCGAUGGUGGUUCUUGGGAAAGCCUAGAAAUUGAGGUCCUCUCCUUGACAACCAACCCCCCCCUCACCCACUGGCACCAGGUUGGCUGCCGUGCGAUCUCCGAUGUUCUCCAGCGCACAGACUGGAGAAUUCUGGGAAUUGAAGUUCACCAACCAGGGAAGAUGGAGGCCCCCCAUGUUCCCAAGGUGGGUUUGGUUUAUUGUUCUGCUCAAAAUUCUUGAGAAUUGGAAGUCCGUUACACCAAAAAUUCUGCAUCUGAAUGGGAGUUCAGCCAUGGGGGUGUAGAAUUAAGGGAAUCAAAGUUAACACCCCCCCCCCCCCCCCCAAAAAAA